AUGGCCGUGAGCGGUCUCGAAAGAAUGGCGGCGGCGCCGGUGACCGUAACCGUCGCGGUCGCCGUCGUCGUCGGUUUCCUCAUCUUCUACUACACCCUAACGCCCAGCGUCGACCCGCGCGAGCCUCCGGUGCUGAAGCCGCAGAUCCCUCUCGUCGGGCACAUCAUCGGCAUGAUGCGGCACCAAGCCCUGUACCACACCAUGCUGCAGCAAUCCACGGGCAAGCCCAUCGCGACGCUGCCCAUGCUCACGGGCAAGGUGUACGCCAUAUGGGACCCGCACCUCAUCGCGGCCGGCCUGCGCAACAAGAACCUGUCGUCGAACCCGCACGUCAAAGUCGUGACGCCGAUCGUGACCCAGGUGACCAAGCACACGGCCGACAUCCUGACGGGCCCCGGCGGCGACCACCUCACGGACCGCAUCAUGCUGCACGCCAUCCCCAACAGCUUCAAGGGCACGGCCAUCCAGCGGCUGAACGAGACGGCCCUGGCGGCGCUCGCGUCGUCGCUGAGCGCCUUCGGCGCAGCCGGCCGUCCCGAGACGGUGCCCAACGCCUGGCUGUGGCUGCGGCGGCUGAUCACCUCGGCCACGGGGAAGGCCGUGUACGGGCCCGAGGACCCGUUCGCCAAGGACGCGGCCGUCGAGGAGGCGCUCUGGGACGUGGAGGACAGCCUGCUCAAGCUCUCGCUUAACCUGCCCGCGCCGCUCGCCCGGGCCGGCCACCGCGCGCGUGCCGUCCUGCAGAAGGCGCUGAUGCCCUACUACGCGGCGCGGCACGACGAGGACGCCGCCGCGUCCGACUUUGUCCGCCUGCGCGCGGCCGAGCUGAGGAAGGGGGGCAUGCCCGACGACGACAUCGCGCGGGUCGAGAUCAUGCUGCCCUUCGCGGCCAUGGCCAACACGGUGCCGCUGCUCUUCUGGCUGGUGUGCCACAUCUUUUCCCGCCCGGGGCUGGUGGAGCAGCUGCGGCGGGAAGUCGAGGCCGGGCUGGUGGUUGUUGCUGCUGCCAAGACGGACGACGGCAACGGCAACGGCGAGAUAACGCUGCGGGCGGGCACGGCCGCCGUCGAGGAGCGCUGCCCGCUGCUGAUGAGCGUCUACCGCGAGACGCUGCGCUGGACCGUGCACCAGGUCAGCACGCGCACGGCCCUGCAGGACACGGUCCUGACCGACCGGACGGGGAGGCAGUACCUGCUCAAGGCCGGGACGGUGGUGCAGAUGGCGAUUGGCGCGGCGCACGCCCACGGGGAGUAUUGGGGCGAUGACGUGGACGAGUUCAAGCCCGACCGCUUCGUUCGGAAAGAGGCGACGGCGGACGGUAACGGUAACGGCGAAGAAGGGCCCGGCGGCGCCAAGGCCAUGCGGGCGGCGUUUCAGCCGUUUGGCGGGGGCCUGCAUCUCUGUCCCGGGCGGCAUUUCGCCUUUGCCGAGAUGAUGGCCGUGGUGUCGACGCUGCUGCUCGGGUUCGAGGUCGAGCCGCUCGACGGCACCGAGUGGAAGCUGCCCGGGCUUGCGACGCGCUCUGUCAUCUCUGCCGUGACGAAACCGGCCAAGAAUGGCGAGGGCUUCGGCAUGCGCUUCAGGAGGCGGCCGGGCUGGGAAAACGCGCGGUGGGUGUACCAGCUGUAG